AUGGUGGAUAAUUAUUUUGUUUUUGAUGAUUAUCAUUGGGGGAGAGUAUCAUUUGAUCUCACCUUUAAAGGGCUCAAAAAGGCACCACAUAGGACGAGUGGUGGGGGGAAUUAUCCUGUUGAUGGAUGUGCAAUUGCCUUACAAAUUUUUGCAUCUGAGAUCAUAGGAACUACCCAUAUCUUUGCAAACAAAAUAGGAGACCAAAUCCCUAGAAUAACAAAUUGGUCUUCUACUGAGCAACCGACUUUUGAGAACAUUUCCACCAAGGUGUUUCAGGCUCCCAAUGUUUCUUUAUUUCAAAUGAUACCAACUGAUGAAGAGAUGAGGAAAAGCUACAUGGUUGAAUUCAGAGAUGCUGAAUUCAAUAAGGAAAUUCAAGAAGAAGCUGGACAAUCUUCUAAAGCUGAGUACAAUUUCGACAUCAGUGAGCUUCUCAAGCAAAAUGAGAAGCUUCUCAGAAAAAAUGAGAAGCUUUUCAAACAAAAUGAGAAGAUUUUGAGACAAAAUGAUCACUUGGAAUCCGAAAUAAAUGACAUGAAGAGGAUCAUUUAUGCCAUCCACAAGAAAUUUUUUGAAGACAACUUGGAAAAAAACAAAGGCAAUACAAAUGUGUCAUCAGCAAAGAGAACAACAGAGGCACAAACAUAUGAUCAAGAAGAACCAAUAGAGGUAUAUCUAGUUUUGGUUAAGGAUGAAUCACCAAUAAUGACCAGCCCAUCACCACUGCAACAAGAACCUGCUGAAGUACAAAUUGAAGUUGAAGUUGAGGAACAAGCAACAACUGUUGAAGGAAAAGAUCAAGAAAAUAUUGAACAACAAGUUGAAAUUGAGGAACAAUCAGCUGCAAUUGUAGAACAAGAACAUCAACAAGAGCAAGAAAAUUUAGAAACAAAAUUUCAAAUUCCGGUAUAUAUCAAAAUAAAAAGAAAAGAAGCAAGGAGUGUACACAAGAAAAAAGAAAGUACAAGAAAAAAAGUUUUUGAAGAACCCAAGGAGCUUGGAAAAAGGACAAUAAAACCUGGAAUUGCUCAAAAGUCACCAUACACUACGAAGUUUAGGUCAGCUGAAGGAGAGAGUACAUGUAUAAAGAGAGCAAAGCCAGACACUCCCACAACACCAAAACACUCUCAACCUUCUUUUGAUUUCGGGAUAUCACCUUUGGAAGCUCCAUUGCUUGUCUCCCCACUUCAAGCAGUCCAACAACUUGAAGAAAUCUCACCAUUUCAGCAAGUUGCAUUGCUUGUCUACCCACUUCAAGCAGUUCCACCACUGAAACAAGCCUCACCAUUUCAGCAAGCCUCAACUUUAGAAGAUGAACAAAACAUAGUAAAUCACCCAUUUACAGAUGAGAUCGACAAACCACCACCACUAACAUUAUGUAAGGAUUUUGCAAAGUGGCUGAAAGAAGGUUUCGAUGAACGAAAAGGGACAUAUGUAGAAAAGGAAGCGAUUGAUCCACCAUUUAACUUUGUGGAAGAUGUUGUGAAGCACAAAAUGUGGUUCUAUGAUAUAUGGUCGCCGAUAAAAUGUAUUAGUGAUUAUCAUAUGGAUGUUGUGUUCUAUUAUUUGCGUAAAAAAUUUAGACAUAAUAACACAAGGUGCACAACAAUGGAUGCUAUAUGUGAUCGCAACAUCAACAAAGCUUGGGAGACAUAUAUCAACAAUCCAGGCGAACAGUUCUCUUGGGAAAAAAAGCCUUAUGCUUACCUAAUGAAUUGUGCAAAUGGGAAGAAAAUGAGAAUUCCUACACCAUGGAUUAAUGUGGACUUUAUCUACAGCCUUGUUUACAUACGCGAUAUGUACCAUUGGGUGCUUGUUGAAAUCGUCUUGAAGAGGAAAAAGAUUAAAAUAUAUGAUAGCAUGGCUGGGAAAGGGCACAAGAAGAAUGUCAUGACAGCUGUAACUGCAUACUCAAUGAUGAUACCCAUGCUUCUACAAUCUAUAAAUUUUUACAAGGAAAGGAAAAAUAUUGAAGAAGGAGAUUUUGAUAUGGAAUUUGUGGAAGACUUGGAAGUUCAACAAAAUGGAUUUGAUUGUGGAAUGUUUGUCAUCAAGAGAGCUGAAGCUUUGAUGUCGAACAAUAGUCUAAAAGAUAUCACAAACCAAAAAAUGCGAUUCUUUCGUGAAAAGUUAGCUGUGGAGCUUUAUGGUUGGGGAAAGGAAAAACAGAGGAGAAAUACUGAUAGCGAUACAGAAAUGGUUUUGUAA